UAAAUUUGAGGGAGCAGGAUUUAGGGUUUUUUGGUUGCUCUCUUUCAGUUUGUGUUUAACGUACUUAUAAAUAAGAGGGCGCGCCAAUUAGGGUUUCCUACUCUUCUUUUAGUGUCUGGUGGCUGUCCAUCUUUGCCAGCUGAAAUUGUAAUCCGGUGUUUCUGUUAUUCACUUAGUUGUUGAAUACACCUGCCAAGAUGCAGAACGAAGAGGGACAAAACAUGGAUCUGUACAUUCCCCGAAAGUGCUCUGCUACUAAUAGAUUGAUUACUUCCAAGGACCAUGCAUCGGUGCAGAUCAAUAUCGGCCAUGUGGAUGAGAGGGGCAUUUACACUGGUGCAUUCUCUACUUUUGCUCUUUGUGGCUUCAUUCGUGCUCAGGGUGAUGCUGAUAGUGCCUUGGAUCGCCUCUGGCAGAAGAAGAAAGUGGAAGUCCGGCAACAGUAGGAUGUUUUGUUGUCUUUGUUUGGAAUUUUGAUCUGUUCCAGAGUUCAAAAUACUAAUUCCUGGAUUAAUCAUGUUUAGAAAUUUUGUUUAUUGAAAGCAUCGAUGUGGAGACAAUCUACUGUCAUUUAUAAUCUUUUUGAAGCUUCCUGAAACUCUUGGAUCAUUCUUGGCACAAUUGAUUACCCUUUUUGAAGUA